AUGGAGUCACUUGAAAUUAACUUGCUACUUCCAUUUUUUUUGGAUGGAAAAUGGGAAAAUGUGCUUAAAUACAAGCGAGUACGGAGGAAGUUAAUAAAAAUAUCACCAAUUGGUAUGGUAGGACUGACGCAAUUUAGACAGUUUCAGGAAAAACUUGUACGUUCAUGGAGCAAGUAUGAGAACAAAAUAACAUGUAACCGUCACCAGCCAAAAGAUACAUUAAUUAAACCUGGGCUGUCUAAUUACAUUGUUAAAAAAGUCUCUACCAUAAGGGAGUGUAUCUUUGAAGUUGUUAUCAUUUUCCCAGUGUGUAUCCUGUUACCUUUAACUGCUUAUUUUGUAAAUAGAGGAACAGUCUGCUCCACUACCACGUAUCAAGCAUGUUACAACCUGAGAACAUCAUGA